GCGGGAUGGAUAAGAGGAUGGGUGGGUGUAACUUAGCUACGCCUUCUCUCCAAUUCCCAAAUGAGCAGAAGGAGCUGCCAUUGGAUGCUGAUGAAAAGGAACAAUUAAGAAUUGUGGCAGGAGCAGUUGAUUUGCCAGGAGACAUGGACAUUCACAUUGUGUGAUUCGGUGUGUGGUUGGCCAGCUUGCUGUCAUCUUCCAGCCUUCCCAUCUUCAAUUUCUCUGAGUGAUGUUUCUUGUUUGUCUUGAAGUGGUGUGGAUAUUGCUGGUCAAUAGUUGUUUGUCAGUCAUUAGUGAGAAUUUGAACAUGACAACACACUUGAAGAAGACCCAUUGGCUUUGGAUUAUGAAGUUACCUCUCCAGCCUUUGCCAAUGCUGUCAUGAUGACAUGGAGUAUCGAGUGGAACUCCAUGAUUAAGGGGAACCCAAAGGAUUGUGGAAUAUUGCUGAAGAGGAGGAGCAUCCAGAGCCUUCCCUUCUCACCAGCUGCACAAAGGAAAUACUGGGAAUGAACUGGCAGCAUGACUGGUGUGAGACUGAAGCCUUUGGUGUUGACCACUGGUCUACCUUUCACUACGAGCAAAGGCUGUAUGAACAGGAUGGCGUCAUCUUACAGAGGGUUUUGGUCCAGGCAGCAGGCUCCGCUCCCAAAGGAGCGCAGAUGCAGCAAAUCUCCGUUCCCAGAGUGCAGCAGGUUCCACAACAGGUGCAAUCCGUGCAGCAUGUAUAUCCAUCCCAGGUCCAGUAUGUGGAAGGAGGAGAAGCUGUUUAUACCAAUGGAACCAUACGAGCUGCCUAUUCCUACAACACCGAAGCUCAGAUUUACGCCCCCAGCAGUGCAGCAUCCUAUUUCGAACCGCAGGGAGGUGGAGCUCAGGUGACUACAGCGGCAUCCUCUCCUACCGCCAUUCCCUCUCACAACAUGGUGGGCAUCACCAUGGACAUUGGGGGAAGUCCGAUCCUCUCCGGCUCGGGAGCCUAUCUCAUUCAUGGGGGGAUGGAAAACACUAGACAUUCUCUGUCACAUACUUCACGCUCCUCUCCAGCAACGCUUGAAAUGGCGAUUGAAAACCUACAAAAAACUGAAGGGAUUACAUCACACAAAAGCAGUUUGCUCAACAGCCAUCUCCAGUGGUUGUUGGACAACUACGAGACGGCGGAAGGUGUCAGCCUUCCCAGGAGCUCUCUCUACAAUCAUUACCUGCGGCACUGUCAGGAGCACAAACUGGAUCCGGUGAAUGCCGCUUCCUUCGGAAAACUGAUCCGUUCAGUAUUCAUGGGGCUGAGGACUCGCCGCCUGGGAACCAGGGGCAACUCCAAAUAUCAUUAUUACGGGAUACGGCUUAAACCAGAGUCUCCGCUGAACCGCUUGCAGGAGGACACCCAGUACAUGGCAAUGAGGCAGCAGCCCGUCCACCAGAAGCAGAGGUACAGACCGGUGCAGAAGAUGGAUGGCAUAGCAGAGAGCGGCUCCCAGAGUAACCCACACACCACGCCGGAGCAAUCGGUCGCUGCUCAAAGUCAACACCAUCAGCAGUUCAUAGAUGUAACCCAUGUCUUUCCCGAGUUCCCAGCCCCUGAUCUCAGUAACGUCCUCUUACAAGAAGGGGUCACCAUGAAUGACGUGAAAACCCUGCAGCUUCUUUACAGGCGACACUGCGAGGCGACUUUGGACGUUGUAAUGAAUCUUCAAUUUCAUUAUAUUGAGAAACUGUGGCAAUCGUUCUGGAAUCCUAAAACACCAUCUAGUGACGGCUCUGCUGCCCUGCCAUCCAGCGAAGAAGAACACGAAGGGACCCUGCCGAAAGAUAAGCUGAUCACCCUGUGCAAAUACGAACCCAUCCUCAAAUGGAUGAGAAGCUGUGACCACAUCUUGUACCAGGCCUUGGUGGAGAUCCUCAUCCCAGACGUGCUCAGACCAGUGCCCAGCACCCUGACGCAGGCGAUUCGUAACUUUGCCAAGAGUUUGGAAGGGUGGCUGAUGAACGCCAUGAGUGAAUUUCCACCCCAGGUUGUCCAGACCAAGGUUGGAGUGGUGAGUGCCUUCGCGCAGACGUUACGGAGAUACACGUCCCUGAACCACCUGGCCCAGGCUGCCCGUGCGGUGCUGCAGAACACUUCCCAGAUAAACCAGAUGCUCAGCGAUCUCAAUCGGGUCGACUUCGCCAACGUGCAGGAACAAGCCUCGUGGGUGUGCCAGUGCGAGGAAGGCAUGGUACAGAAGCUGGAGCAGGAUUUCAAGCUCACUCUACAGCAACAGAGCUCUCUGGACCAGUGGGCUAGUUGGCUGGAUAAUGUUGUUACUCAAGUCCUGAAGCAUCAUGAGGGCAGUCCCAGCUUCCCCAAGGCAGCCAGGCAGUUCCUGUUGAAGUGGUCCUUCUAUAGCUCCAUGGUGAUCCGUGACCUCACCUUGCGCAGCGCUGCCAGCUUUGGUUCCUUCCACCUGAUUCGUCUGCUCUAUGAUGAAUACAUGUUUUAUCUGGUAGAGCAUCGUGUUGCCCAGGCGACGGGGGAGACACCGAUUGCUGUAAUGGGAGAGUUUGGAGACCUCACAUCCCUGUCCCCGACACUGCUGGACAAAGAUGACAUUAGCGACCUGGGCAGCGAGGUGGACACAGACUCCCGGAGCGCAGGGGAGCCGCUGGUGAAACAGGAACGCAGCGACCCCGGCCACUCGCUGCAGGAGAUCUGAAACGGGGACUCGGCUUUUUUCCAGCUGGACGAAGACACCCGGAGCCAGGUUUGACAGUCACAAGCCUGAGUCUCCCUGUGUCUGCGUUAUUAGUGCCUCUUAGUUUCUCUUAUGUUUACUUGUGUUUGAGGAUGGGCUCGAGGGGUGAGCCCAGGCGGCGCUGGGAUGGGGCUGGUUCGUCCGCCUGCUCUCCUGCCUGCUGCCGGCACCACUGCUGGCUGGAGGGCAAAGGUCCAAAGUCUAUGACCAAGUGACAGAAGCCUCCGUGGUCAGUGACAGAUCGGAUGUGCGUGGCUAGGAGAGGCUCUCCUCUCCAACCUGAGCCAGGCAGGCCAACGAGGCUUUCUUUUUCAGGGAAGGUGGUUUGGGUUUCUUCCCCACUUCUCAGACUUCACUGUGAUACAAACUUGAACCAAUCAGUGCCCAAGAAGGAAAAAUGCCUGACCCUUCUCCUCCAGACUUUCAAGACAAACUGUCCUGGCUCUGACUUUGCCAAAUCAUUCGUGCUGGAGAGCACGGGACAGUCCGUCUCUCUCGUACCCGCCCGGGGAGAGGGCUCUGGGCUGCAGAUCCAUCUGGUCCCGGCGGAGCGGUGCGUGUGCAAGUUUGGGACUGACGCCUGCAUGCUCUGGGACUGACGGGUGCUCGAUUUGGGAAUACGGGACGUGCGUUCCCACCUGCUCCCUUGGCUCCCCAGCUUGGCCUUUCAUCGCUGAUCUGCGAAUGCUCCUGGAACACUGUCAGGCCAAACAUACCAAAGGACUCGGAGGAAGCAGCAGCUGGUCACAAAGCGUGUUUGUUGCCCGCUGCACUCUGAUGGGCAAUCCCAUAGCCCGCGCGAUCCCCGUCCUUGCCAGAGGAUCCGGGCAGAGGGGAUCCGCUCCCAUGUCCUGGGUUUUGUAAACUCCUCAAUUCAUGUCCUGCUCAAAUGUUGAAGGUAGGGAAGCUCGCGGGGCUGCGUCCGGAGCGUGGGCGAGGGUGUGCAACUGCAGUGCCUUAGGGUGGGCCCGCGGGCCUGCUUCCCCCCAGCUCUGGGCGAGCCAGCGCAGCUCAAAUUCUGAUCAAACAGCCCUGUCCCGCGUAGCAGCGAGGGGCUCUCCCGGGCCCCGGCUGUGCUCAGCACCACGGUGGCAUUUCCCCUUGCUGUUUCGCUUCUCCUUCUGCGGUGUCAUUGCAGUGGCGGCUCCCGCAGGGUCGAGCUGGGGGAGUUUCUGCCCUGGUGAGGUUUUAUUCUCCCUUUCCAUGUCCUGUGGGGUCUGGGCUGCUGUGGACUACAUGGCAGAGGAGGGGGCUGGAAUCUGUCGUCAAGCCAAAGCCCCGGGACAAAUAUUUCUGUGAAUAAAGGCUGUGUCAUAAAUAGCUUUUAUUAUUAUUAUUAUUAUUCUUUCUAAUGAUACAGUAUUUGAUGUGAGCUUUUCCAGGGGUAUCAUGUACAUUUACAUCAGAGUGUAUUCUAUCCAAAUAUAUUAUUUACUCAUUCUGAGUGGUACUGAGGUAGCUCUGACACUUUACAGCACUUUGCUAAUGGAAAGUAAAAAGAAAGUGUGUAUCGUGGCACAUAUUUCCCUCUUCCUGUCCCAUGCUGUUGUCUGUCAGGGUGACGUUCGUCUGUAAAUGUCUCCUAUCAGAGUAGCAGGAGACAAGUGAAAAAGGUGGUUUCAUUUGUAAAUAACGGCAAUGAACCCUUCCUGGGUCGGAGUCCACACUUCAGAUCCUGCUGGUGAGAUAAGAUGGUCUAAAAAACCAACUGAGCAAUCAAGGCUUAAACUCCCCUGCUCCCACCGAGUGUGAUAUUACCUGCAGCUGGGGCACUGGCUCUGCUUUGCAGCCCCCACCGACCCAGCCCAGCCACCUUCUGCUCACCACGGAUGUGCAAACGAGAUGCUCUGGAGCUGUGCAGCACUGUGCAAGGAGUCUGGAUAACCCCCUAAACCUGAUAUGGACAAAAUUCCCAGCUAAAUCUGAAUAGCAAUAAACAUGUAUCAAAUGCUCA